AUGGAAAAAAACACAACUGGCGGUGUUAUGGCACGCGUUGUCAAAAUUCUUGGUCGCACUGGCAGUCAGGGCCAAUGUACACAAGUUCGCGUCGAAAUUAUCGACACAUCAACAUCCAAACGAUCGAUUAUUCGUAACGUCAAGGGACCAGUACGUGUCGACGAUGUUCUAGUUCUUCUCGAAUCGGAACGUGAAGCACGUCGCCUUCGGUAA